AUGUUUGGCAAAUCGGACAAGAAGAACUACUUCGGCCUUCGAGGAUCGAAGCUACAGAUCGCUGUCGGCGUUCUCGCUGGCCUCGAUUUCCUUCUCUUCGGCUACGACCAAGGUGUCACUGGCGGUCUCUUGACGCUGAUCAGCUUCCGCGAGCAAUUCCCAACAAUUGACCAGUAUGCAUCGGACAUCUCAGCCGAGGAACGGAACGCUCGCUCGACUUAUCAAGGCAUUACAGUUGCAAGUUACAAUUUAGGAUGUUUCUGCGGCGCCGUCGCUUGCAUUUUCCUCGGCAACCCUUUGGGGAGGCGGCGGACCAUAUUCGUCGGUACAUGCAUCAUGGUAGUGGGUGCUAUACUACAAUCAAGUUCCUAUCAACUUGAACAAUUUAUCAUCGGACGACUGGUGACCGGUUUCGGAAAUGGCUUAAAUACGUCAACCAUCCCAACCUGGCAAAGCGAGUGUUCUCGCUCGCAUCAGAGAGGCAAGCUGGUCAUGAUCGAAGGCUCUCUGAUCGUCUGUGGUGUCAUGAUAGCAUACUGGAUUGAUUUCGGCCUCUACUUCACAGACCCAAAUCCAGUGUCUUGGAGGUUUCCGCUUGCAUUCCAGAUCUUCUUCUGCAUUCCGAUCAUCCUUUUCAUCUUUUCGCUACCCGAAUCACCUCGUUGGCUUCUCCUCAGAGGCAGAGAAGAUGAAGCAUUGGAAGUGCUAGCGGUUCUGAAUGAUGUCGAACCUGACAGCCAGUUCGUCACUAACGAAUUCUAUGCCAUCAAAGAUACUGUCCUUGAGGCAUCGAAAGGAAGCUUUCGGGACCUCUUCACGAUGGAUGAGAAUCGACACUUCCACAGAGUCGUUCUCGCCUACGUCAACCAGAUGUUUCAGCAAAUUUCAGGAAUCAACCUCAUUACCUACUACAUUCCGAAUGUGCUCGAGAACGAAGUCGGCCUCUCUGCCUUCAACGCAAAGCUUAUCGCAGCCUGUAACGGAACAGAAUACUUCAUGGCUUCAUGGAUUGCUAUUUUCACCAUUGAGAAAGUCGGCCGCAGAAAGCUGAUGAUCUUCGGUGCUGCAGGAAUGUCUAUCUGUAUGGUGGUCCUUGCAAUCACCGACUCGCUGCACACUACCAAAGCCGGCAUCGUGGAGACCGUCUUCCUGUUCCUUUUCAACACUUGCUUCGCCAUUGGAUGGCUUGGUAUGACGUGGCUGUAUCCUGCAGAGAUUGUGCCACUCAAGAUCCGGGCUCCGGCAAAUGCUGUGUCGACCACUGCCAACUGGAUUUGGAACUUCAUGGUCGUCAUGAUCACGCCCGUUGCGUUUACCAGUAUUGGUUACAAGACCUACAUUAUUUUUGCUGUCAUCAAUGGCGCUCUGAUUCUGCCCGUCACCUACUUCUUCUACCCUGAGACAGCAUAUCGGUCUCUCGAGGAGAUGGAUGCUAUCUUUGUGAAGAAUCGCUCGAUCUUUACUACGGUCAGAGAUGCGAAGAACGAACCGCAUCGAUACGAUAAGCAGGGUAACGUGCUCAUCGACUAUGAAGCUACUGAAGAGCAUGAGCGUCGCCGCAGCAGUGUCGCCUACACUGCACCGAGGCGCUUGAGCCGGACUUCUGGUGAUGAGAAAGGAGUAGUGGAACACGACGCCUGA